AUGCAAUUUUUAACCGCAAGAACCCUUCUCUACUUCAGAGUAUGUUUCCUAGCCACCAUCACAUACUUCUGCUUGAAGGACCCUAGCUUAAUUGUGUCUUCUGGAUUUGUGAUAUUGUUGGGCCAAGCCAUGGAACUCCCAACAGUUAUGGUCGACACUUCAAACCCUAUCUGGGGGUUACUUGCUUUGGCCUUUGGCUCGUUAACUAUUGCUGAUUUGGUCCCAUUGUUUGCUGAUAACAUCGAGUACUUUGAAAGUGUCGUUCCUGCUAGAUUGACAGUUUACUUCAUCCUUGGUGCUUACUCAUUUGCUGGGAACUCUGAAUUUCUUUGCAACAAUUUAGUUUUCGUAUUUGCCUUCUUUGAAAUUUGGUUUAACUUUUUAAUCUUCAACAAUUUGAGAGAUGAACGUUACAAGAGAGUGAAGAAGUUGCUUGAAGAGUCUGAAGCCAGAGGUGAAAUCGACUUAAAGGGUCUUGACCAAGCGGGCAUUAAUCAAUUAAUGACCGAGCUCUUACAACAAUCUAGAUUCAACAAGUAA